CGUCACAUCCACAGUCAUUGUAAAUCUGAUUCGUCCUCUGUUUUCUCGCAGACUCCUGCAGAAAUCCCCGGAGCCCUCGAGUUAUCCUUUACUUCAUAUUUUGUAUAUAACGUGACUCGAGUAAAACAAUGGCUGGCGUUUUGGCCCGUAAAGCUGUGGAUCAUCUCCGCAGUAAGGAGUUCAGAGACUAUCUGAUGAGGUAACACUUCUGGGGUCCAGUAGCAAACUGGGGGUUGCCGAUUGCUGCAAUCAGCGACAUGAAAAAGAGCCCUGAAAUCAUCAGCGGACGAAUGACCUUUGCUCUGACCUGCUACUCACUGCUGUUCAUGAGGUUUGCCUACAAAGUACAGCCCAGGAACUGGCUCCUAUUCGCCUGCCAUUUCACCAACGAGGGAGCACAACUUAUUCAGGGAUCACGGCUUAUUAAGUUCAACAUGGAGAAAAAAAUGGCCAAAUGAUGAGCAGCUGUGAAUCCCAGAGGUUUCCUCCCUCCAAUAAUAAGCAGAUCAAAGCUUUUAGAAAUAAUAUUCCAAAAACAGAAACAUCUAGGUUUUUGUCUAACUAAUGAUAUGAACACAAUUGGCUUCCCAUGUUAAAUGAGGAUACAGGCUUUACAGAAUGGAAUGGAGUCAAAUGUAAAUAAAAACAACUUUUUAGAGGACUGUUACGCACAUUUUUUAAUGUAUGGUGUACAUCAAGCUACUGAUUUCUGAAAUUGUCAUUUAGAGUAAUUUAUUAAUUUCAUCUUUUCAUUCAAAUAAAAGAUGACUUAAUGCAUUUCUUGUUGAUUUGUACUACAUGCAAACUUACAUUAUUGCAUUCGUCAAUAUACGAUUCUACUAAACUCUUUCAGGCUCAGAUUCACUCCCAAAUAAAGGGUUUUAUUCUACUUCAA